AUGAGGCGGCGGAGUUCGCCGACGCUCGAGGCGUUUCUGGCGCCGGUGAACGUCUCCGACUCGGAGAUUCUGGAGGCUUUGAGAGCUGUCGCUGCGGAGCUGGUGUCGUCUUUUUCCGGAGACAGUAAAACGACGCCGUUUUUUCAGGUAAAGAACUCGAGAUCUCUGAUUAGGAAAAUCCAGGUUAUAUCCAUCCUCUUGGAUGCUUCUCUUGAUCUGGGCUUGUCGGAAAAAGCUCCAGCUCCAGCUCCAGCACCGGCUGUGUUCCUGUGCUUCAAGGAGUUGUACCUCCAUCUUUACAGGUGUAAAAUUCUGAUUGACUUUGUGAAGGGUUCGAGCAAACUGUGGCUAUUGCUCCAGAACCACUCGAUCUCCGGUCAUUUCCAUGAUCUGAACCAGGAAAUUUCUACCCUUUUGGAUGUUUUCCCGUUGGGUGAACUUAAUCUACCAGAAGAGGUUAAGGAGCAAGUUGAGUUGCUAGGCAAACAAUCUAGGAACUCGAAAUUGUUCGUCGAUAGUCAUGACGAACUGUUGAGGUUCAAACUGUAUCACUUCUUAUCUGAAUUAGAAAAUGGGGAGAUCCCCGAGAAGAGCGCAUUGCGCGAUUUUUUCGUAGAGAAGCUAAGCAUUCGCAACGUUGAAAGUUGCCUAUUCGAGAUUGAGUUUUUGGAAGAACAGAUUGCGAAUCACGAUGGGGAUAUCGAGCCCACGACCUCGAUUCUCAAUGGUUUUGUGGCAUUGAUCCGUUAUUGCAGGUUCUUGCUGUUCCGAUUCGAGGAUGAGCUCGAUUUGGAAAGAUAUUCCCACAAGAAGUUCCAGAAAGGAAUGCUCACACAAGAAGAACUCGCCGACAUAUUUCUCACUAUCCCGAACGAUUUUGUUUGCCCCGUGUCGUGGGAUCUGAUGCGUGACCCGGUUUUAAUCUCGACGGGCCACACGUACGAACGCUCGUCGAUUUCGAGAUGGAUGCAAGAAAGGCACUGCACUUGUCCGAAAACCGGGCAAAUCCUCCUCCACACGAAGAUUAUCCCGAAUCGUGCCUUGAGGAAUUUGAUCGCGCAUUGGUGUGCAGCCAACAGAAUCCCAUACGAACCCCCGGAAAACUCGGAUUACUUCCCGGAAAAUAACAACUACUCGGCGGGCCUACCGACAAAGGCCCAAGUUGAAGCCACUAAAGCCACAGCCAGUCUACUCGUCGAACAGCUGGCAAACGGGCUCCCACGGGCCCAAUCACUAGCCGCCAUGGAAAUCCGGUUCCUCGCGAAAACCGGGAAGCAAAACCGAGCCUGCAUUGCCGAGGCCGGCGCGAUUCCUCUCCUCGAAACGCUCCUCUCGUCAAACGACCCGUCCACACAGGAGAAUUCGAUCACUGCAAUACUAAACUUGUCGAUACUCGACACAAAUAAAUCGGUUAUAAUGGGCUCAGACGGGUGCUUGUGCUCGAUUAUCAGUGUGUUGAUAAACGGGCUCACGGUCGAGGCCCGUGAGAACGCGGCUGCGGUUCUUUUUAGUCUCUCGUCGGUUCACGAGUUCAAGAAGGUUAUCGCUCGUCGGGAGGAGGCUGUACGGGCCUUGGCGAGGAUGCUUGUGGCCGGUACGCCGCGCGGGAGGAGAGAUGCGGCGACGGCGAUUUUCAACCUGUCGACAGAUGGUGAAAGCUGCGGGUUGUUAGUCGGGUUUGGGGCAGUUCGGGAGCUUGUUCGGGGGCUGGCGGUGGAGGAGGCGGCAGAGGCGGCGGCGGGGGCACUGGCGCUGAUCGUGCGGCGGCGGCUGCCGGAGGCGGCGGUGGCAGUGGAGGAGGAGGAGGAGACGGUGGAGAGGUUGGUGGAGAUGAUGAAGUGGGGGACUCCGAAAGGGAAGGAAAAUGCGGUGACGGCUUUGCUCGAGAUUUGUAGGGGAGGAGGAGGAGGAGGAGACUGGCGGCCGGAGGUGGUGGAGAGGGUGGGCCGGGUACCGGAAAUGGUGGGAUUAUUGCAGAGCUUGAUGGUGACGGGGACAAAAAGGGCGAGGAGGAAAGCGGCCACGCUGACGAAGGUUUUCGAGAAGUGGGGGGAUAGAAUUUGGUUGGGUGCGGCGGGGUAUGGUGGGGAGUCGGAGGAAAGGUAUUCGUCGUCUGUGGUAAUGAUUUCGAUGCCCGUUUUGUAG